AUGGAGUUGCACCAUAGCAAGCAUCACCAAACGUACGUGACAAAUUUGAACAAGGCCGUCCAGUCUUAUGCUGCCGCCGUCCAAGCAAAUGAUAUACCGGGUCAAAUUGCGCUGCAGUCCGCCAUCAAGUUCAAUGGCGGUGGCCACAUCAAUCACUCUCUGUUCUGGGAAAAUCUAUCUCCCGAGUCUAGCUCGGAUGCCAAACCGGAGGCUGCCCCAAAGCUGAUGGCAGAAAUCAACAAGACUUGGGGAAGCGUCCAGCGAUUCAAAGAAGUCUUCUCGGCUGCACUGCUAAGCAUCCAGGGAAGUGGCUGGGGAUGGCUCGUAAAUGAGGAAGGCACCGGGCUCCGCAUCGUGACCACAAAGGACCAAGAUCCUGUCGUCGGAGGCGAAACUCCCAUAUUCGGUGUCGACAUGUGGGAGCACGCGUAUUAUCUUCAGUACCUCAAUGGCAAAGCCGCCUACGUGGACAAUAUCUGGAAGGUAAUCAACUGGAAGACGGCAGAGGAGAGAUACCGAGGUGGUCGAUCGGAUGCGUUCAAGGUCUUGAAGUCGUCAAUGUAA